AUGGCUCCGGCGGCUCCCGGGCCACGGGUACUAUCCUCUUGCAAGAACCCGGCUCUGUGCCAGCUCUUGAAGAAUGAACGGUUGCUUAGAUGCUCUCAGUGCAAAGUUGCCAGAUACUGUGAUACGCGUUGUCAGAAAGAAGCUUGGCAGGAACACAAGCGAGAAUGCAAAUGUCUUAAGAGCAUUGAGCCUAACUUCCCUCCUGAUUCAGUGAGACUUGUUGGCAGGAUUGUUUUUAAACUACUUGGACAAUCAGUAGCAUGUCCUUCUGAGAAACUCUACUCUUUUUCUGAUCUUCAGUCAAAUAUUGAAGAGUUAAGUGAAGAAAUGAAAGAGGGUCUCAAGCACCUGGCCCAGACACUGCAGAUAUAUUUGAGAGUGGAGAUCCAGGAUGCUUCCCAGCUGCUACCCACAAUAGACAUUUUUCAGAUCUUCGCAAAAGUGACCUGUAACUGCUUCACCAUCAGUAAUGGAGAAAUGCAGGAUGUUGGUGUUGGCCUGUAUCCCAGCAUGUCGCUCAUAAACCACAGCUGUGACCCAAACUGCGUGAUUGUUUUUGAGGGACGCCAGCUUCUACUUCGUUCAGUCCGGGAGAUCCAGACUGGUGAAGAGCUCACUAUCAGCUAUAUUGAAUCACUGAUGCCCAGCAGUGAGCGUAAAAAGCAUCUGAAACGCCAGUAUUGCUUUGAGUGCAACUGUCUUCAGUGCCAGACACAAGAAAAGGAUGUUGACAUGCUGGCAGGUGAAGAGCAAGCCUGGAAAGACAUCAAAGAUGCCGUAACCAAUGUGAAAGACCCACAGUCAGAAGAAGAGUGGGAGCAGGUUCUGGCUAUGUGCCAGGCUCUUCUAAAUAAGAAUGGGGAUCGACUUCCGGACACAAACAUCUAUCUGCUGAAAAUGCUUGACUGUGCCAUGGACGCCUGUAUUAAUCUCAGACAUUGGGAGGAAGCUUUGCUUUACGGCAACAGGACUCUAAAACCAUACAGUUUGUAUUAUUCCGGCUUUCAUCCCUUGAGGGCUGUCCAGAUGAUGAGAGUGGGCAAAUUGCAGCAUAGUCAAGACAUGUUUCCUCAAGCACUGGAGACCUUGAAGCAGGCUUACAACAUUAUGAAAGUAACACAUGGAGCAGAUCACAGCCUGGUACAAGAGCUGAUGAAACUUAAGGACCAGUGUGAAGCUGCCAUACAAGGACAGUGAGAAUGAUCUCAGGCUGGAAAACUAACAUUUGGGGGAAAAGGAAAGCAAGUUUUUUAAUUGACAUCUAUGCCCUGAACCAAAGUUCUCUGAAUUCACUGGAGUGACUCCCAUUGAGUUUGGUAGGGUUUGGAUCUGGCCCUGUUUCCUUUGCUAAAAUGUUUAAUGUUUAUUAGCUUUGCUGCUCUGUGCGGUAAUUUUCCUCACUGAAUUCAAAUGUGGAAGGAUAUAGGCCAUUUUGAGGAGUCUACUUUCUGGGGAGCAACUUAAUAGCAAACAAGUCUUAGCAAUUAAUGUAACAUGUUGGCAAUAAAACAUACCUUUAUACCGA